UCUUAUCAACAAAUUCGAGUUUCUCAUUUUCUCAGGGUUUCAGCUCACUAGUGUUACUCGUGUUAGGUAAUAGGUAUUACAAUUUUCAACUUUCAAGUUUUGAUUUUUAUUAAACUUAUGUUAUAUAGCAAAUGAUAUUAUUAUUUCAUUCUGUCUUAAACGAAGAGUCUUUAAGUUCUAAAAUUCCUUACAUUAUUGCCAUUUAUAUUCAUUAACAUAAUUACAGGUAACAGAAGAUCAUUAAUUAUUGAAUUUGUUACAUCAUUAAAUAUCAACAUUAUGUCUGAAGCAAAAGUUAACAGCGAAGACAUAGAAAUUAUAUUCCAGCGGCUUAGAGCUUUGCCAGUCAAUAAAACAUGUUUUGACUGUAAUUCAAAAAAUCCAACAUGGUCGAGUAUUACAUAUGGUGUGUUUAUUUGUUUGGAUUGCUCUGCAGUGCAUAGAAGCUUGGGAGUUCAUUUGACUUUUGUAAGGUCUACUCAAUUAGACACAAAUUGGACAUGGUUGCAAAUGCGGCAAAUGCAAUUGGGUGGAAAUUCAAAUGCUACAGUUUUCUUCAGGCAGCAUAAUUGCAUAUCUAAAGAUGCACAACAAAAAUAUAAUUCUAGGGCGGCUCAACUAUAUAGAGAUAAACUUUUACAAAGUGCUAAACAAGCAAUGAAAACGUAUGGAACACAGUUAUUUUUAGACCAAUCACAUGAAACAAUUGAAGUGAAACCAGUAGAUUUCUUUGAACAACACACAACUAAUGUUAACUCUUGUAAUGACAAUUUUUUAAGCAACAAUUUUAUGUCCUUUACUUCUCCUAAACAAGAUAAUGGUGAUACAACACUUCUAGGGGGCACUAAAAUCUUAAAUGAUGCAGCACAAAAAUCAAUAGAUCAUAAAACUUUAUUAGGAGGUCGUCAAGCUCAUAGUAAAAGAUCUGGUUUGGGAGGCAAAAGAUUAGGUAUGGGUGCUCAGAAAGUACAUGCUAAUUUUGCUGAUAUAGAAAAAGAAGCAGAAUUAGCUGAUAAAAUGAAAUUUAGCGAACCAGAAAAAACCGAAAAUGUAGAGAAAUCUAAUGAAGACCAAGAAACUCAGAUGUCAUCAAUGAGGUUAGCCUAUCAAGAUUUAAGUUUAAAGAAGAGUAAAGAAGAGGAAAAAUUAAAACAAUUUGAUCCUAAAAAAGCUGCUCAAUUAGAAAGACUUGGAAUGGGAUUUACAUCAAAAAAUAUUGUUAGUCAUUCAGCAUUAAAUGAUAUGACAACACUAGAUAAAGAAGUAAAAAAACAAACUAUAUUAGACCACAAUGAAGAUCAAUUCUAUGAUUGUUUUGAUGAUGCUAAGACUCCUGAACUGGUUUUAAAAAUGAUGAAUAAAAAUCGUCAAAUUACCAGUGAUGACUUUAUGGACUUUGAUGAUUCUAUUAGAAGUUUAAAAUCGUCAUAUACGCCAUCCAACAUCGAUGUCAUUAAAAAUGAUUGGGAUAAUAUAAAGCCAGCAAAAAAAGUAAACAAAGAAGCUGAAAAUGAUUAUUGGGACUCUCUUAAUGAAAAUUCUAAUAGAAGACAAGGUAGAAAUAAUAGAUCAUCAAAUUUAGUGCCUCAACCUUCGGAAAAUAAUGAAGCCUUUAAAAAAUUUGGUGGUGCUAAAUCAAUAUCAUCUUCUCAAUAUUUUGGCGAUAGUCAAACACAAUCUGAGAAAUCAAAUCUUUCACGUUUUGAAGGAAGUAAUAGUAUUUCAUCUGCUGAACUUUUUGGCAGAGAAGAAAUGACAGGUGUUAAUUCUACAUACCAACCACCUGAUCUAGAUGAUGUUAAAGAAAGCGUUAAACAAGGUGUAACAAAAGUAGCCGGUAAAUUAUCAUCUCUGGCUAAUGGCAUGAUGUCAUCAUUUCAGGAAAAAUAUGGAGGUUAUUAAAAUGUUUGAUCCAAUGCAUACAGAUAAAAAAUAUCUAAUAAAUGAUACUAUAGUAUCAGUGUUGUAUGGAUAUAUUUUGUAAAUAAUUAUUUAAAUUAUUUCAUAUUAUUAUAUUAGUAAUUAAAGCAGUUUAUUACAUUGUUACAUUCAACUAUAAAGGUCGCUUACUUAUGUUCAAACAAAGUGUUAGAAAGUUAAUUUGUUCGAUAAUUUAUUACAACAAGUAAUAGAUGGUACUAAAAUAAUACAAAUAAUAAUAUACAUAUUUAGUAUAAGAAAUAAUUUGUAAAUUAUUAACUUAUAGUAAAAAUCAUAUUGAUGUCAUUUAAAUUGUAAUUUCUAACACAUUGUUCUCCAUUACUUGAAUUUCUAAAUUCUAACAUAAGUAUCCUUGCCAAACAUUUAUUUUAUAGUAUUAUUUAUAUCAAGAUUAUGAUUUAUGGACUACUAAAAA